AUGAGCGGCGACAUCAGCCUGUCCCAGUCGCUGGGCGGCCUGCGCAUCGCCAACCCGGACGAUGACGGUACCCCUUCUCCGCCGCCCGCCCCGGCCCAUGGCGAAGCCUCUCCGCCGCCGGCAGACCCGCUGCUCUCCUCUUCCUCCUCGUCCGCCCACACCGUCACCGCCCCCCCCGACGAGCCCCACGAGCCCUACGAGCCCUCGCACCUCCUCCAGCCCGUCCCGACCGAGUCUUCCACCUCCACCCUCGACUUCAACCCGAGCGCCUUCUCGACCAGUCAGACUUCGCUCGUCCUCCCCAAGAGCGCCACACCCCCCAUCCCCGACGACCGCUCGCAAUCCUCCGCCCGCCUGAACCACCGCCAGUCCAUGCAGAACAUGCCAAUCGCUCAGCAACCACAAUCACAACCCCCGCUCCAGACACAGUACUCCACUUCUGGCCCGCCGAAUCUGUCCCAGCCGCCCCGCACCUAUCCCCCGCCCGGCGCGUCGUCACGGCCCACUUCGACCCUCUACAGCCAUCCCAAUGCCUCCACAAGCUCGGGUGUGUCCAUGCAGGGCUCCUACCGCUACAACGAUGUUGGCUUGAUACAACCUACCGUUCCGGGCCUCAGCAGAAGUAGCUCAAGAGCGGCAGCUGCCGCAAUGCAGGCAGCAGGACUUCCCACGAGAGAACCCAGCAGGUCCUACCGGCAACCGCACCAGCCAAUGGGCGGAAACGGGCCUCUUCCCCCGCGCCGCGCCUCGAGAAGAAGCCCCAUGGGAGCCGGCACGCACGGUGCUGCAUACAGCCCCGAAGCGUCCAUACCGCACAGCAGCGAAGAGUGGAAGGAAAAGGGCGCGGCGGUUGGUGUGCGGCAAGAAAUGGACCCCAACGGAAAGCCCAUCUCGAGAGUGGUCAAGAAGGGUGUGAAGGAUUUCAAUUUCGGGAGAACAUUGGGCGAAGGAUCGUACAGCACGGUACUGGCCGCAACAGAUCGACAGACGCUCCGGGAGUACGCUAUCAAGGUUCUGGACAAACGACAUAUCAUCAAGGAGAAGAAGGUCAAAUAUGUCAAUAUCGAAAAGGACACGCUUAACCGGCUGACUGAACACCCCGGCGUCGUCCGGCUCUACUACACGUUCCAGGAUGAGAGGUCCUUAUACUUUGUGCUGGAUCUGGCCACUGGAGGCGAACUCUUGGGAUUUUUGAAGAAGAUGGGCACGUUCGACGAAGAGUGUGCAAGGUAUUACGGCGCGCAGAUUCUGGAUGCGAUCGACUACAUGCAUUCACGCGACAUCAUACACCGGGAUCUCAAACCUGAGAAUGUUCUCUUGGACGACCAGAUGCACGUCAAGAUAACCGAUUUCGGUACCGCUAAGAUUCUGAACCCAAAGCGUCUACCGAACGUCGAGGCACCCCCUGGAGAUCCUCUUGAUGGGGCGGAGACUGAUCGGGCUGAAUCCUUCGUCGGUACGGCGGAAUAUGUCAGUCCCGAGCUGUUGACUGACAAGAACGCUUGCAAAGCCAGUGAUCUGUGGGCGUUUGGCUGUAUAAUAUAUCAGCUCCUCGCAGGACGACCGCCGUUCAAGGCCGGCAACGAGUACCAAACGUUCCAGAAGAUCGUUAACCUUGAAUACUCGUUUCCAGAUCACUUUCCAGAGGCAGCUCGUGAUCUUGUUGAGAGGCUACUCGUCCUGGACCCCGCCAAGCGACUGCCAAUCGAGCACAUCAAGACCCAUCAAUUCUUUGACGGCAUCCAGUGGGGACGGGGGUUGUGGAAGCAAAAGGCACCUAGACUAAAGCCGUACCAACCUCCACCUCCCGGACCUAUCAAGCUUAACGGGCAUGCCAGCUCCCUACCCCCGCACAUGGCGGUUCUCGGCCCCCCUCGACCAGGCCCCUCUGCAAGCAACCCGCCACCAAGACCUUCUGCCCGUGUCAUCACAGAACUUCCACCUCCGAGCCAGCUUGACAUUGAUUGGUCACCUGUACUAACCCGAAACAAUGAGCGAAUAUUGAAGCUUGGCAACCUCAUGGUCACCUCAGCACCAGCACCACACAGUCCGCAUGGGGAAUCUUCAGAAGCACCGAAGAAAAACUUCUCGCGGUUCUUCGGUGGCAAUACCACUAAGAAGCGCCAGCGGCUCGUCAUGAUCACGUCCGCUGCCAGGCUUAUCCUCGCCGCUGCCGGUGGUGAAGAGAAAAAGGCGAAGAUGGACCUGUCACUUCUGGGUGAAGGUACCGGGUGGAGGAGCUAUAAGGAUUCCAAGGGCAUCACCGCCUGGUGCAUCGACACGAAGGACAAGCAUCUUAUCUUUGAAGAUCCCAAGGCGACCCCCAGUGAUCCCGAAGGCAGCAAGUACACAGCGCAGGAAUGGCUCGAUGCUUUGGAACAAGCGAAAGACUUUGCGAAUUCUCAGAGUAUGGCAAGUUCCUAUUCUGGCGACUCGGCAUUUAACGAACUGAGCUCAACAAUUUCAAGCCCAUCAAGCACUCUAGGUGGCGAUUCUGCGCUUGAUGGAGUAAAUAUUCCGACGUCUAGGCAUCUCCGCAAGGGCGAUCAUGAUGACAGCGGCUCGAUCAAAGGCAGAAAGAGAUUUAGCAAGCGACACUCGAAGAACGGCUUGGCGGCUGUCUUCUGA